AAGCAGCGGCCGUGCAGCAAUUGCAAUGCGUGCAAUCAAUCCCGUCAACAACAAAUUGGCGCAGAGCAGCCAAUAGGAAGCAGAUCGGAAUCGCAAUUGGAAUCUGGAUCGGAUCCGUGUGGGUGUCGCGAAUCUAAUCGGAGGAAAGCAGCCGACGAAAGGGGCAGCGAAAGCUGUUGCCUCUCACCUGAGUCUCUUGCCCCGAAAAUGGAAUCGUCCAUUAAGCUUAAGGACAGCAACUCCAACUGCAGCUCCAAUUCGAAUGGCAAUGUGGGCGGUGGCGUUGGCGCGGGCGGAGGCGUGGCCGGUGGAGGAGGAAGCGGCAGCGGAGGCGUCUGCGUGUCGAGCAUCUGCAGCAGCGACAGCUUCAGCAUCAUGCCACCGCCGCAUCACGAACUGGUCAGCGCCAACAGCAUUGAGCUGAAUGCGGCGGCCUCGCUGAGCGAUGAUAGUGGAGUUCCACUGACCACCAACAGCUCCAUAUCCAGUGGCGACUCCUACCGCCUGGGCAUGUGCAAAUUCGAAAUUGAGAUGGUAGAGAGCGAUGGCGAGGUCUCGCAGUUCGAUUCACUGGACAAUUGCUCCGAGGGCGGCAUGAGUGCCGAGAACUUUAAUACGCUGAAGAAGGGACCGCUGGCGCCCAUUGAUCCGCCGCCCGAGUUCCAGGACUCGCCACAGACCACGCUGGUGCGCUCCAUCUCCAAGAACAUAGUGAACAGUCUGCGUCGCUGGACCUCCUCGCAAUCGUCGUUCGAGCACCUGAAGGACGAUGCCACCACGAUGGUGAGCGGCCUGGCCACGGCCGUUCUGCCCGAGGAACCGCAUCCGCCCAGCCAGGAGUUGGUCCUCUUGCUGGGCAAGACCGAGUGCAAGCUGGACGCCCUAGAUGGCCAGGCUCUGGGCCAGAUGAGUCUCAAAGAGUCGUAUGCGAUCAACAAGCAUCUGUACUCAAGCGAUUCCAUACUGAACAGCCACACGGACAACAUUUACGACGAGCCCAACAACAUUGUGAGCAGUUCGCUGGGCAACAGCGUGGAUCUGCUCGAGGAGGAGCAAUCGGACGCCAGCAGCUGCUCCCCGCUGCCAUCGCCGCCGCCACCCGUGUCCAUAGUUAAGAUCAAGCAGACGCUAUGUCCGUACUACCAGGACCACACUCGCUACUUCAAGGCCAUACCCACGGAGCAGGACAACAUAGCCAGUGCCAAGGCGGCAGCUGCCCAACAGAGGUUCAACAGCGCCGGUCUGUCGGAGAUCCACGACUACGACCUGUACUACGGGGCCAGGCGGCAGCCGGUGGAUAACAGCAGUCUGCAGCGACGCCAGGCCUCGCUCUACAGUCCGCUGGGCCACACCAGCCAUUGUCACUACCACCACAGCCAUGGCCAUGGGCAUGGAAGCCAUCAUCACCAUCACCACCACCAGCCGGGCUACGGCUACAGCCAUGGCCAGCGGCCCAACUCGAGAAACUCGCUGAACAGCCGCCUGAGCAGCUCGCACAACUCACUGAACGUCUCGUCGGCCAACAAGCCGGACGACUCGAUCUUCAUCACCCAGGCCAUGUCGCACGAUGCGCUCUUCACGCGCGAGAUCUCCGACUUCUACAACGUGCCCAUCGACUCGGACAUCUACGCCUUCCCCGUGGACAUGAUCGAGCAGCAGCAGCAACAGCAGUUGGUGGAGGAGCAACAGCAGCAGAAGCCCGCAGCGCCCACUUACCACAAGGCGAGCAGGCGGAACAAACGCAACAAGCGCAAGCAGCGCUACGCCGGAUCAGGCACGGGCGCCGGAACGGAGACCAGCGACGGCGAUGGCGAGAAGAGCAAGCACGGCAAGUACCGCACGCCCGUCGGCGUCGGCAUGGGCCAGGUCAGCGAAUCAGAGCCACUGCACAUGACACUGGACGAGGUGAAGCAGUUCUACCACACCCUCUACUCGGAUGCGGGCAAGCCCACGCCCAAGCCGAUGGUCAAGUCGAGCAACGAGACCAUUUGGAGUGUGUCGACCAAUACCACCACCACCACGGCGAGAACGCGUAGCAGUGUGGGCACCACCCGAGGAGGUGGUGGCCCGCCAGGAGCGGGCAAUGGUGCUGGUGGCGCCAGCAGUGAUGGUGGCGUUGGCGGAGGCAGCGCGGGCGGUGGCAAGUAUCUGAGCAAGCAGAACAAGCACAACCUGGACAACGAUAAGCUCAACAACAACAAUAACAACAACAACAACCAUCAGCCAUCGCACCAGCAGCUGGAGAAGCCACCGACGGAGCACCACAACCAGCACCAGCCACCGAAUAACAAGCACGUCCUGCACUCGGAGAAGAAGUCACAGUUCACGCUGAACCUGAAGCAGCGGUUCUGCAGCAUCUUCCGCUUCCGUCGGAGCAAUCACAGUCGUUGCCGAGGCUCAGGCGGCAACCAGACCGGCACCUUUGCCAGUGCCAAUGCGAAUGCAGCGGCAACAGCGCCCCUGAUCCCGCCAGCUGCCGUGAUAACCAGCGCUCCGGGGUCAGCGGGCCAAACCCAGUUGGCCAGCGAACUGAACGGGGCGUUGAUUACGGCUGAGUCGGACGAACCGAAUGCCGAUCUGCGCAAGAAGUUCCAGUCUCGUGCCCUGCCACCACUACCAAAGAAGGCCGCAGCCUAUGCCAUUGAAGCCGUCAAGUCGGAACCGGAGGAGGUCAAGGCGAACGUAAUCCAGGAGCCCCGGGCACUGCAGUUCACCUCCAGCAUUGAGAAAGUCAAAGACUAUGGCUGGUACUGGGGUCCCCUGUCCAGCGAGGCGGCCGAGAAGGUGCUAUCCAGCGAACCGGACGGCUCCUUCAUCGUGCGCGACAGCUCCGACGACCACUACAUCUUCUCCCUGAGCUUCAAGCUGAACAACUGUGUGCGACAUGUGCGCAUAGAGCAAGAUCAGGGAACCUUUUCCUUUGGCUCGUAUGCCAAGUUCAAGUCGCAGACCAUCACCGAGUUCAUUGAGAAGGCCGUCGAGCAUUCGCGGAGCGGCAGAUAUCUAUUCUUUCUGCAUCGGCGGCCUGAGCACGGACCAAUGCGAGUGCAAUUAACCAAUCCAGUAUCUAGGUUUAAGCAUGUACAAAGCUUGCAGCACAUGUGCAGAUUUGUUAUACUAAAGGCGGUUAUACGAAAGGAUCUAAUACAGACAUUGCCAUUACCGAGAAGACUUCUAGACUAUCUUAACUAUAAGCACUGCUAUUCCGAGCAGGUGGAGAGCGACAGUUCUCAUUCGCAGAUAUCUGGCGAUGGAACGAUGUAAGGGAGGGGGGAUAUCGAACGGAGGCGAUUCGCUUGUGACAACAAAACGUAAACGAAAGCAACAGAAAUUAUUACCUUAAAUAAGUAGUAGAAUUUAACGAAACAUUUAACAACAAACAGUAACAACAAAGCAAGCAACAAACAAACAACCGUUAAACGUUCUGUAUAACAAGAACAGCGAAAAACAAAACAAAAACAAAAAGAAGAAGAAAACACCAAACAAAAAAACAAAAGUUACAUGCGUAAGCAAAGCGAGGAAAUUGUUAGUUUUGCUAAAACAAAAACAAAAAAAAAAAAGAAACAAAAACAACAAAAAACGAAAAACCAGAAAAAUCAAGGAAACAAAAUUCAAACUCUGUUUAUUGAUCAUUUUUUUGUACUCGGUGCUAUACUAUAAAUAUUAACUAUUUAAUGAAAGGAACGAUGGAAAACAAAAGAACAGAACAGAAUAUGACGAUUAUAUAAAUUAAUUAUGCGUAGUCAAGUAAACGAAUAACAGAGUUGUACAUAAGCAAGUUUGAGAGCCAGUAAUCCAAGUCCCACCCACAACCAAAACCUCAACCCCCUCAACUCCCCACUUUGGGCACGAAUCAGACCGAGAAGGAGACAGAGACAAAAACAGUAGCAGUAACAGUGACAGUAACAGUAACAGUGACAGUGACAGUAACAGAGAAAGAUAACGAGACAAGGUCGUUGAUGUUGAUGUUUUGUGUAAUCAAUUAAUUACUUUUAUGCUUGCCUUUUAGCUGUGAUUUAAAUAAGUCGUCGAAUGUUAAUUGGAAGACGAUGUGCAGUUUGAUAUUUGAUAGAUUUGAUAUAGCCUAGCCCCCAUAUAGUUGAGGUUCUGUUAUGCACAUUUCGAAGCUGCUCAAUCGUCGCAACGCCCGUGCCCAAAGGUCCUUGAAAGCGAGCGAAAUAUGAGAUAACCAUUAACGCAUUGUACUUAGUUUAAUCCACGUCAUGUACUCAAAGGAUCGAUUGCCAGAGGAAAAGGAUAGCGAACUCACACAUACCCACACACACACACAUGAAUGGAAAGCCAACAAUUGUACUGUAUUGUAUUUAGGUUUAUUUGAAUUGUUAACUAAUUUUUGUUUUCGUCUUUGUUAUUUAUGUUUUAAGCUCGACUCUUUUGUACACUAUUGC